UCAAAGCUCCCACCUCCACAGCCGAGACUCCAAAAAAAAAGACUAUGAGCUUCUGCUGCGCGCCGCUUAUCUCCAGGAACUGUCCGGAGCUGUGGACCUUUGCCUUGUGAUAGGGAAGAUAAGCCAAACACACCGGAGCAGUCGAGCAUGUUUUCGACGAAGUCGCCCAAAAGUCGGUCCAGCUAUGUCUCCAGGUCGUCGCAGGCUGCCGCGGAGCAGAUCUGUAUGGUUGAAUGCAGCUGCAAGCCGGACUGUACCUGUAGCGCCCACUCCUCGUGCGGGAGACCCUGCGCGCAGCCGCUGGAGGUGCAGGACAACAAGAGGAACCAUGAGAAACAAGGCCUUGAAAAUCUGGCCUACGAUUAUGGAAGCCAGACUGAGCUCUACCCUCCACCCAAAGCUGCUUCCAGGGUAGCAUUCAUACUCCACGGACUCAAUUCGGAGCAGCAGGCCCAAGCUAUCCACAACAAGAUUUCCAGCCUGAAUGGAGUAAUCAGCAUCAGCUUGGCCUUACCCUGGAAAGUGGCCAAAGUAGACUAUGAUUUCUCAGUUAUCACAACCAAAGAGAUCGCCCUGGAGCUACAGACUACUGGAUGUAGUGUGGAGUCAGCAGUGCAGAUUAGGGUGGAUGGUAUGCACUGCGAGUCCUGUGUCCAGUCCAUAGAGCGACAGAUUAGUGAGCUACCAGGUGUUUCACAUAUUCAGGUGUCCCUCCGAGAUGCAGCAGCACUAAUUGUAUUCCAGCCUCUUGUGCUUUCACCAAAGGAGCUGAGAGACAAAAUUGAGGACAUGGGUUUUGAUGCCACUUUAUCCACAGAUUAUCCAUCUGAACAAGAUAUUACCAAUUGGCAGAGGGACACAGUGAAUUUAUCAGCACAAACUGUAACACUUUGGAUUGUAGGGAUGACUUGCAGCUCUUGUGUGCAAUCUAUAGAAGGGAGGAUGUCUCAGAUGACAGGAGUGCAGUCGGUAGUGGUGUCGCUUGAGGAGGAAAAGGGAACAAUAUCCUUCGAUCCCAGCCUCACAGAGCCGGAACAGCUCCGGUUUGCUAUUGAGGACAUGGGCUUUGAUGCAUCACUUAAAGAACCUGUAAAGCGUAUCCAGAGUCAUGAAAGGUCCAGGCCAGUCAGCUCUGGAUUCUAUGACUCUUCUGGUGUCCAGUCGACCAGUCAGGCAGGAGUCAACAAUGGCACUGGAUUACAUACUGCCUCUAAAAGCCUUUAUUACAAUGCUUCUGAUAUUAAAGUACAAAAAUGCUUCAUUUGUGUAAAGGGAAUGACUUGUGCGUCCUGUGCUGCCAACAUUGAGAAGACCCUGCUCAAACAGAGGGGAGUCAUCUCUGUGUUGGUGUCUCUGAUGUCUGGAAAGGCAGAGGUGAAGUAUGAUUCGAGCAUCCUAGAAGCUGCUGCUGUCAUUAAGCUCAUAGAAGACUUGGGUUUUGGUGCAACACUGAUAGAAGACAAUGCAGUAACACAUGGGAAACUGGACCUCACUGUUACUGGAAUGACAUGUGCAUCUUGUGUGCACAACAUUGAGUCCAAACUGAAUACAACCAAGGGGAUCCUCGGGGCCUCUGUUGCUCUCGCAACUAAAAAAGCACAGAUCCAGUAUAACACAGAUGUGAUUGGGCCACGGGAUAUCAUCAAGGUCAUUCAGAAUCUUGGAUUUGAAGCCAGUUUGGUAGAAAAAGGAUUCAAGAACCAUCUUAAUCAUACUGAAGAAAUUCAUCACUGGAAAUCCUCCUUCUUGCUUAGCCUUGUUUUUGGCCUGCCAGUCAUGGGUCUCAUGAUUUACAUGAUGGUGAUGGAUAGUCAGCACCAGGAACAUGGAGGUUCCAUGCCUGUGGAGCUUAACGUGCUGCCAGGCCUGUCCCUUCUCAACCUAACCUUCUUCCUGCUAUGUACACCCGUGCAGAUCUUUGGUGGACGAUACUUCUACAUUCAGGCGUAUCGCUCAUUGAAACACCACAUGGCCAACAUGGAUGUGUUGAUCGUAUUAGCUACCUCCAUUUCCUACAUAUACUCCUGUGUAGUCCUCAUUGUAGCCAUUGCUGAGCAAGCCAGCCAGAGUCCAGUCACCUUUUUCGACACUCCACCAAUGCUCUUUGUGUUUAUUGCUCUGGGGCGUUGGCUGGAGCAUGUUGCAAAGAGUAAAACCUCAGAGGCUUUGGCCAAGUUAAUGUCUCUUCAGGCCACUGAUGCCACUGUGGUCACUUUGGGACCUGAGCAUUCCAUAAUUAGUGAGGAGCAGCUGGUGGUGGAGUUGGUGCAGAGGGGUGAUAUAGUAAAAGUCGUCCCAGGAGGGAAGUUCCCAGUUGAUGGGAAAGUGAUUGAGGGAAGCUCUAUGGCAGACGAGUCCUUGAUCACAGGUGAGCCAAUGCCUGUUAGUAAGAAGGUGGGCAGUCUGGUGAUCGCUGGCUCUAUCAACGCCCAUGGUGCUCUUCUGGUGGAGGCUACGCAUGUUGGGGCCGACACAACUUUAUCUCAGAUUGUCAAAUUGGUGGAAGAAGCCCAAACUUCAAAGGCCCCCAUCCAGCAGUUUGCAGACCGGCUCAGUGGUUACUUUGUGCCGUUUAUAGUCAUCAUUUCUCUGCUAACAUUAGUAACCUGGCUUGCAAUCGGGUUUGUCAACUUUGACAUUGUGAAGAACAACUUCCCGGGUUAUAACCAGAACAUCUCCAGGGCAGAAGUGAUUGUUCGCUUCGCCUUCCAGGCCUCCAUCACUGUACUGUCCAUUGCUUGUCCCUGCUCUCUGGGGUUAGCAACCCCGACGGCCGUCAUGGUGGGCACAGGAGUUGGAGCACAGAACGGCAUCCUCAUUAAGGGAGGCGAGCCUCUGGAGAUGGCCCAUAAGAUUGGUGUGGUGAUGUUUGAUAAGACUGGCACAAUUACAAAUGGCGUGCCGCGGGUGACUCGUGUGUUGGUGUUGUGGGAAAUGGCUCGCAUGCCCCUGAGAAAAAUCCUGGUGGUAGUUGGGACUGCAGAGGUCAGCAGCGAGCACCCGCUGGGCAUGGCAGUUGCAAAACACUGUAAAGAGGAGCUGGGUUUGGACGUGCUGGGCAACUGCCAGGACUUCCAGGCAGUCCCCGGAUGUGGGAUCAGUUGCCGCGUUUCCAAUGUGGAACAUCUGCUACAGGAGCAGAGUGAAGAGAGUUUCCUGCUCCCGGAAGUCACCACUGCUGAAAGUGGCCUUCUCUCUCCUGCAAAGGCCUCGUCUGCAGGCAAACAACAGACUUACUCAGUGUUGAUUGGGAACAGAGAGUGGAUGAGGCGGAAUGGCCACCACAUUGGUGCAGACGUGGAUGCUGCCAUGUCCAGCCAUGAAACCAAAGGGCAGACAGCUAUUCUAGUAGCUAUAGAUGGUGCUUUGUGUGCCAUGUUAGCCAUUGCAGACACAGUGAAGGCAGAGUCAGCAUUAGCAGUGCAUACGCUCAACAGGAUGGGCAUUGAUGUGGUUAUGAUGACAGGGGAUAACCGACGCACAGCCAAAGCCAUAGCUGCACAGGUGGGGAUCAGAAAGGUUUUUGCAGAGGUGCUGCCUUCGCAUAAAGUGGCAAAAGUGCAAGAGCUGCAGGAACAGGGUCUGAGAGUUGCCAUGGUUGGCGACGGUGUGAAUGACUCGCCAGCCCUUGCUCGGGCAGAUGUAGGCAUUGCCAUCGGCACGGGUACUGAUGUGGCUAUUGAAGCAGCUGCUAUCGUCCUGAUUCGAAAUGAUCUGCUGGAUGUGGUGGCCAGUAUCGAACUGUCGCAGAAGACAGUAAGGAGGAUAAGAAUCAACUUUGUCUUUGCUCUUAUCUACAAUCUUCUAGGAAUUCCAGUUGCUGCAGGUGUUUUCAUGCCUAUUGGCCUUGUGCUACAACCUUGGAUGGGCUCGGCUGCAAUGGCUGCCUCAUCCGUUUCUGUGGUUCUAUCCUCUUUACUGCUGAGAAUGUAUAAAAAAACCUCAAUAGAGAUAUAUGAGGGUCAAGCAAGAGGCCAAAUGAAUAGUCUGGGGCUGUCUCAGAUCAGCACACAUCUGGGUCUGGAUGGCCGCCGGUGGAGCCCUUCUCUUUUCACACCAGAGCAAUUGCAUGAAGGCAAUGUGGCCUCAUCAUCCCUCUCAGACCAGGAAGCAUCUAUUAACUCUGCAGGAGUAGGAGGGCAGGGCCGCUAUUCGCUCCUGGACUACCAAACUGCAGAGGAUAUUAAUGUGUAAGAAGUCUCCAGUCUGCAUGUUCUUGUACGGUAUAGUGGAAAGAACAUGUACUCCAGGAAGAAAGGCAUCUGGCUGAACCCAGGACUUGAACCAAGGUCUUGUCUUGGUGUGGAGCAACGUUGCUUACCACCUAAUUAUUUUUCCAUAAUUUAUGAAAAUCAACCUGCUGAUUGUGUGUUUUGUAUCAUUUUGUGCAUGGUUUUAACUUUUCAUGUCAAAUUCAGGUGAAGCAGAAAAUAAACGUAAACAUUUGUAAGGUAAAAAUAAA